AGAAAGAGUGGGGGCGUGGUCCUUCAGACUGAUGACGGUCCUCCCCCCCCGACCAGCCAGAGGAGAUGAUGCGCACGCAGCCCGCAGCCUCUAAAAGUCUCCUUCUUCAACUUGGACACGACGGCGCGUAACAUCCAGCAAGUUUAUUUUUUAUUUAUUUAUUGUUAGACACUUUUAUUUUAACGCUUCUGACGGAGACUAAAUGUCCCAUGAACACUUGCAGGGACGGUAACGAUGACAACGCGACAACCUGAGCCCGUUGUUGUAUGCGGGAGUGACACUAUAUGCGCAUUUUACGCUUUUAUUUCUCUAAACUUUGCUUGAAGAGUUAUUUAUAGACCUUACUUGUUUAUUUAAGUGUCGCAUAUUACAAGAACUCGGUGUUUCAGCCUCCUUACAUGACUGAAAACACAAACCCUCCAUUUCACCCAUAAUUGGAGACCUCACCGGGGUAAGAUGCAGCGCGAGCGCCUGCUCAAAGUCUUGGUCAUCGGCGAUCUCGGAGUGGGCAAAACGUCCGUGAUAAAGCGCUACGUGCACCGGGUCUUCUCCCAGCAUUACCGCGCCACCAUCGGGGUGGACUUCGCCCUCAAGGUGCUGAACUGGGACCAGCAGACGGUGGUGCGGCUGCAGCUGUGGGACAUCGCCGGGCAGGAACGCUAUGGCAACAUGACCCGUGUGUACUACCGGGAGGCUGUGGGGGCCCUGGUGGUCUUCGACAUGACCCGGCUGUCCACGUUUCAGGCUGUCCUCAAGUGGAAAGGAGACCUGGACUCCAAGGUGGCGCUCAACAACGGGACGCCGGUUCCAGCCGUCUUAUUGGCCAACAAGUGCGACCAGCGGAGUCACGGCUUGUGCCCCAAGCUGCCCAAGCUGGAGAACUUCUCCAGGCAGCACGGAUUCGUGGGCGGGUACGAAACCUCCGCCAAGGACGACACCAACAUCGACGCCGCCAUCACGUGCCUGGUGAACAGCAUCCUGACCGCGGAGGAUGAGAGGGCCUCGGGCGACGCCACGGCAACCGCUGCCAGAACCAAAGAGGAAGGCGGCGUUCUGGUUCUGCCUCGCUUCGACUACAGCGCGAAGGAGAAGGGACUCCGUGGGUGCUCAGGGUGCCCCUCGCUUCAGCCCAGAGACGGGGACCAGGACUGAAGGAGAAGGGACUCCGUGGGUGCUCAGGGUGCCCCUCGCUUCAGCCCAGAGACGGGGACCAGGACUGAAGGAGAAGGGACUCCGUGGGUGCUCAGGGUGCCCCUCGCUUCAGCCCAGAGACGGGGACCAGGACUGAAGGAGAAGGGACUCCGUGGGUGCUCAGGGUGCCCCUCGCUUCAGCCCAGAGACGGGGACCAGGACUGAAGGAGAAGGGACUCCGUGGGUGCUCAGGGUGCCCCUCGCUUCAGCCCAGAGACGGGGACCAGGACUGAAGGAGAAGGGACUCCGUGGGUGCUCAGGGUGCCCCUCGCUUCAGCCCAGAGACGGGGACCAGGACUGAAGGAGGGAUGGAGGGACGGCUCCAUGAAAUAAUAAUGUAGUUAUUGUAC